CCUCACAAGAUAUUGGAGUUCAAACGGAAAAAAAAGAUUGGAAAAGCAGUGGAUUUCCGGAAGACCGUCUGAGACCAAGGAGGUCAUUUAGAAAAGUAGAAGAACCUUUACAACUAAAGGACAAUGAAGAUGUCUUUAUUGAGCGAAAAAGCCAGGUUUAUAAAGAUAGGCAGUAUGACAGUAAAACAGAGCAAACAGAAGACAAAUCCAAACAACCUGUCAACUUUGAUAACACAUUUAAGACUGUGAAAGCAACGAUGUUUGAACAUAAUGUAGAAUGGCAUAGUCCCCCUGAACUCCUGAAUGCCAAAAACCCUACAUCCAGCCAGCCUACUAGAAGUGCUAUUUUGUAUGAAAGCAGAGAAAGUAAGAAAGACACAGAGACCUGGUCAAAGUGGCUGAGUGACGACAGUGUGCAUUCAGUCACACAGCUGCACAAGGAUAGUGAUAUUUCAGACAUAAGGUUCAGCAAUAGCAGGGUUGGAAAGGCUGCAUCUACUGCAGACCACGACAUCCUUCAAAACCUCAAAGUUGAUGAAAAAAGGCGUAUAGAGCCAAGGUUUGAAGUCAUCCAGGCGGUUGGAGAAAGGGUUUUAAGUGAAUCCAUACAAAUGGCUUCUGAAGACAAAGCUGUGACUCUUCGAUCUCGAAGAUCUUUCCACAGGAAAGAAAGGGAAUUGGAGAACUCAGAAAUGGAUGAAAGUGUCUUACAUCGUCCAGUAAGCAGCCUCCAAAGAAGUAAGAGUGAAUACAGAAGGAGAGACACAGGUUCACAAGAAUACUCCACUAAUAAGUAUGUGUCUAGAGACCUUGAUUUUCCAUUCAGUAGAAAAAGUAGUUUAAGGGCAGCAAAAAGUGACUCUGUGAAGUCACCAGAUGACAGAACUUAUGAAACUGGUAAGAACAAAAGCACUGUAGACACAACUGUCUCCGAUUUUCAGCCAAAGUCCUAUAAACUAGACUACAGACCAAAAGAUGAAAAUGCUUUGGAACAAUGCUCUAUUGAUCAGUCUCAAUUUGGAAUUAGUACAACAGAUGGCAAAGACAUGAAAAAAUCUUUGAAUGAUUUUAAUCGGCAUCCCCUUAGAUCAUUCAGUGAUUUGAUGGAUAAAGGGUUAGAAACAAAAACUGUUAUAGAUGAGCCAAUAGUAUCUAACUCAAACAUUAGAGAGGAUAUGAAAAAAUCAUCACACAUUGAGGAGGUUAAUAAGCCAUCUUGCCAACGGAAUAGUUUUUUCUCCGACAAAGAAUCGCCAGCAACCAAGAAAGUUAAUAAAGAUGAAUCAAAUUAUUUGAUUAGUGAAAUGUUAGGUAAUGAAAUUGAGCAAUUUAAGAAGGACUUGGCUGUUACUCGUACCACAAAUGAUACUGAUAGUCUCCUAAGGGGCAAGCAGUUCAAGGAAGAAUAUACAGAACAAUUUAAAUGGGAGCGGAAGCAAACACCAUUUCAGGACAGGAACACGAGCAGUAGUAGCACAGGAAAUGCAUCAGAUCUGUACAAUUUUGAAUAUGAGGAAACAAAGAGAAAACCGAACAUGUCUAUUGUAUCUCCAACCGAUCCAAAAGCAACAUAUUUUGCACUAACUGGGUUGGACAACAAGAGGGAAAAGAAUGAUAAUAACUCUGAAAGCCAGAGCAGUAAUGCCAGCAUUUGGAAAUCAGAAGAAUUUUUUAAGCGAGAUGUGAAUAUGAGCUCAACAAUUUCAGGGUCUGACAGCAAUUCUAAGAAACCAGAAGCAAUAAAUACCCAAGGAGACUUAGGAACCUCAAGUGCCUUUAAAGAAUUUAAAACACACAGAAACCAGAGAGUUCUUGAGGAUGAUUUUGUUGGCAAGUCAGACAAAAGUUUGGAAAAAAAGAGUGUUAUUGACAUUGAUGCUUUAAUCAAGAGACACCGCCAAAAAACAAGCCUAGAUGAUAGGGUUUCUUCAAGAGAUGCUAAACCUGAGCAGAAAAUAUUUGCAACAGACUUAGACACUACACAAGGCUCCCCUUUAACGCUUGACAGAUCUUAUAAAUCCAAAAUCGUUGACAUUGAUUCUUUAAUGGCUGACUAUAAUGCAAAUCAUCCAAAAGAAAGCAUAUCCAGAGACGAAGAUCAUAGUAUAUACAAGUGGGAAAGGUCUAAAUCUUUUAGAGAGAGUGCUUCAAAAGGUUCAGACAGCAAAUGGAGAGAUCCCCCUGUAAGGCAUGUCAACACUGAUGAAAAGUACCAGUAUGAAACUGUUGCUUCAUGGUAUUCUCAAACAACUACCUCAACAACAGAAGACACUAAACAAGUUUCGCACAAAAUUCCAAGAACUGCAGAAUAUUUGAAAUCGCCUAUAGAUGCAAAAUAUGAGCAAUAUAGAGAGAGAGAACGAGAUCCAGGAUUCCAAAUCUGCACAGAAGAACGUAAUAAUAUAGCAGGUUUAGAUUCCUCCGAGUCAUCAACAAGAAAUAUUGACAACUAUAAAUCUAGAUCAGUACGGGCCUCUGAGUCACCUACUGUGAUGGCAGACUGGUCAACUUCACAUACCCUAGCCAAAACAACAGUUGUAGAAAUGAGUGUUGAUUCUAAAGAAGAUCCUGCUGCUGCAAAGCUUCACCACAGGAUUUCUGUGAAAACUGAUAAAAAAUCGAUUGUAACUGAAGAAAGGCAACCGCGUUCUGAAGGCAGACGACCAGCAAAAGCUAGUGAUUUAAUUAGCACAAUGCUAGAAAAUAAAGAAAAGCGAAUGGAACAUCAUCGUACGAGGCAGAGCAUUCCAGUGGAGCACCUAAAUGAGCCAAGAACACACAAACUAAAGAGCCAACAAGAAUGGCAUCAUAGUGAGAGCAAGGACUAUUCUGAAAAGGAAAGCUCCAGACAACAUGCAAAACUACAGCGGGAAGCCGAAAUUGUCAUGGACCUGCCACGAAGGAAAAGUUUAAAUCGGCAAAGAGAGUGGGACUUUAGAUCAGAGACGAAAUCUGCGAAAUAA